AGCAAGGGAGGGAGGGAAGGAGGAAGCCGCCUCGCCGUGCCGAACUGGUAGUUGUCGUACUACCACCACUACCAACCCACACGACGCCACCCUCAACGAACAACGAGAUAUACAACUCAUUUCCCAACCGAUCAAUCAUCGCCUACAUGUAACAUCACUCCCCGGCCUCUCACGGUUUAGGCCAUAGAAAUAUGUGCGCCGUGCUGGCGAUCCCUGAUAUAUCAGCAGUCUUGCUUUGAAGGUGCGCGUUUUGUUCUCUUCUGUGCGUGAACGUUAUGGCGUCAACGGCGUACUCGCGGCCGUCCAAGCCGCCGGGGCCGGCGGCCGGCGAGCGCCGAGGGCCUAGGCUGGCCAAGGAGCUGGGCAGGAUCGAGCCCAAGAAACUCGGGAUCGGGCUGGUGGCCGGCUGCUGCCUUGCGCUGCUCACCUACCUAUCCUUCGCCCGGCUUUUCGCCAUCUACUCGCCGGUAUUUGAUAGCACGUCCUUGGUGAUGAAGAACGCACCGCCGUCGACGACAACGGUGCCCGCCACAGAGGCCCAGCCGGUGCAGCAAGAGAGCCAAGUGGAGGAGGAUAAAGAUGUUCCUGACCCGGAGACGGACCCAAAAAUGCCCAACUUACCAGAGACUACACGAAGGAAUGAACAGAAGGAGGCCACGGUGACGAAGCCAUCUGGUGGAGAUGUGGAGGCCAAGAUCAUCUGCGACGAGAACGGCGUUGACGAGGGCUUCCCGUACGCGCGCCCGCCUGUCUGCGAGCUCGCCGGCGACAUCCGGAUCUGUCCCAAGGAGAAAACGAUGUUCUUCGUGAAUCCGUCUGGCACCGGCCCAUUCGACGCCAACGGCGAGAAGAAGAUCCGCCCGUUCGCCCGCAAGGACGACUUCCUCCUCCCGGGCGUCGUGGAGGUUACGAUCAAGUCAGUCUCCUCGACCGCAGCCAUGCCGCAGUGCACGCGGCGGCACGACGUCCCAGCGGUGAUCUUCUCUGUGGCCGGGUACACGGACAACUUCUUUCACGACAAUACCGACGUGCUGAUCCCGCUUUUCCUGACGACGUCGCACCUAAAAGGCGAGGUGCAGUUCCUCAUCACCAACUUUAAGCCGUGGUGGGUGCACAAGUUCACGCCGCUACUGAAGAAGCUAUCCAACUACGAGGUGAUCAACUUCGACAAGGACGAGGAGGUGCACUGCUUCCGGCGCGGCCACCUCGGGCUGUACCGCGACCGCGACCUCAUCAUCUCCCCGCACCCGACACGCAACCCGCACAACUACUCCAUGGUCGACUACAACCGGUUCCUCCGCCGCGCGUUCGGCCUGCCGCGCGACGCCCCGGCGGUGCUCGGGGAGGAGACCGGCGAGAAGCCCAAGAUGCUCAUCAUCGAGAGGAAGGGCACGCGGAAGCUGCUCAACCUGCGGGAGGUGUCCGCGCUGUGCGAGAAUCUCGGGUUCUCGGUGACCGUGGCGGAGGCCGGUGGCGACGUGCGCGGGUUCGCGGAGCGGGUGAACGCGGCCGACGUGCUCCUGGCGGUGCACGGGGCAGGGCUGACGAACCAGAUCUUCCUGCCAACAGGCGCCGUGCUGGUGCAGAUUGUACCGUGGGGGAAGAUGGACUGGAUGGCAACCAACUUCUACGGGCAGCCGGCGCGCGACAUGCGGCUCCGGUAUGUGGAGUACUACGUCUCGGAGGAGGAGACGACGCUCAAGGACAAGUACCCAAGGGACCACUACGUGUUCAAGGACCCCAUGCACAUCCACGCGCAGGGGUGGCCGGCGAUCGCCGAUAUCAUCAUGAAGCAGGAUGUCACGGUCAAUAUGACAAGGUUUAAGCCGUUGUUGCUCAAGGCGCUCGACGAGUUGCAGGAGUAGAGGAGCCUGCUGAAUGCUGAUUCGCUUUGGUUGGCUAGUUGGAUUAUUGGGGACAACUUGGAUAGGCCAGCGCAGAUGAAUUACUGGGAGCUAUCGUUAAUUUUUUUUGCUUUGCCAUUCAAAUCAACUAAAUUAUUUAGUUAUUUUCAUUUGGAGGUCAUUUUAGUCUCGUUGUUGUGAGAGGGCAGCUUGUUGUCGGAAGAGGUACAAUAGGUUUCCACGUUGCCAA